AUGGCUGCAGAUCAUCAGCAGGAGGGGGAGGGGGUCUCACCAGUAAUUAUAGGGUAUGACUCAGUGGAGAGAUUACGGCAGGAGGUAGAUUGUCGUGAUGUUGCGUGCGGCAGUGCUGGUGGCGGCGUGCGCGUGGCGCUGGCCUACAAUCCUAUCCUGGACACCACAACUUGCUGUAACUGUCAGACACUCCUUCCAAACAACGUCCCAGACAAUGUUGUCCCACAGAGGUUGCCCUCUCCUUUCAAGAUUAUCCUGUCAAGGACCUAUUACGCUCCCCUGGAAGAAAUCAAAGUUAAUCUAACAACUGAAGGGGAUACAUAUUUCCGCUCCUUCAUGAUCGUGGCAUGGGCCACAGAUUACCGGUCAGCGAACCAGCCCAGGAAAGCAGUGGGCAAAUGGGCAGCAGUAGAUGGAACCCCUGUGGGUAAAGACUGCCUCAAUAACCAGGACGAUGGUGAAGCUCUGAGAAGCACCAGCCUUGAUGCCAAGAGGAAUGUAAAACUGGCAUGGACUUCCCCGGAGAGAUACGGCCAUCUUGAAUUCAGGGCAACGUUUGUUGUUGACGAUGAUACAUACUGGGCCACAGAAAAGUCCCAGAUGAUCAUCGACCCAAAAGCUGAGCCACCUACAACUAAACCUCCUCUGCCUCAAAUCAUCGAUCCCAUCAACUCUGCUCACUGUGGAAAGCAGAAGGGUUGCUACCGCUUCCCCCAUGGCUGCUGGGAGUUGUACUGUGAAUACAUUGCCACGUGGGAGGAUCACGGCACCCACAUCACCUUCGAGGUCGGCGCUCACACUGAUGGCCUGGAUGACAGAUGGGUCUCCUUGGCUCUCUCUAACGACAAAUACAUGGGUGACGACAUGGUGAUGGACUGUAUACACAACUCAGAGACUCACCAGACCAAGGUGUCCCUGUCCUACAAUGAACCUGGCAAGAAGCAGAACAGGAAGCUGCCACAGUAUCUGACCGACAAGGCAGUGGUGUUCCAGGAGGGCUCCCACUUCAAUGGACGUAUACGCUGUCGCUUCCAGAUUAAGAAAUACACUAAGGACAAUUCUCGUCGAAUUGUUGCCCUCACAGGCAACAAAUGGCAUAUCAUUCUGGCUAAAGGAAAUGCUGUACAAGGAAAUAAGAUUCGCCAUGGCUUGUUGGAACAUCAGCUGCCAGUUGUCUCCCCUUACAAGGUGUCCCUGCAGACUAUGCCUGAUGUCCAUGACAGAGCCAGGUAUCCCCUGGUCAAGGCCCAUGGCUGCCUGAUGAUCUUUGCCUUCGUGUUCUGUUCCUCCAUUGCUCUGUUGCUGACCAAGUACUACAAGCCGAUGUGGCCCAACAAGAGGUUCUUUGAGCAGCGCUACUGGUUUGUGGUCCAUUUCAACCUGAUGGCCUUGGCCUUCCUUGUGGUGAUCAUUGCCAUCAUCCUCAUCUUUGUGGAAGCAGGCGGCUGGAGUCUGACACCAGACCUACCUCAGAGGGCCCAUCCUAUUCUAGGAAUAAUUAUAUUCAUCUGUAUUUUGAUAAAUCCAAUCAUUGCCCUGUUCCGCCCAUCGGAAGACAACCGUUGUCGACCUGUCUUCAACUGGUUCCACUGGGCGUUUGGAACCAUUGCCAACAUCCUUGCCAUUCCCAACAUCUUCAUUGGAAUGGACUUCGGCAAGGCCAUGAUCCCCUGGUGGGCUACCUGGAUCAUGGUGUUCUGGAUCAUCUUCCAUCUCAUCAUUGAGGUCACCCUUGAGGUCCACCAGUGCUGCACCCACAAGAAGAACAAGGAGAGAAGGAAGAAAUACGAGGCAAUAAGGAGAGACAACCCUAAAAACUACAUCCAGGAACCCGAACCAGCUGGUCGUCGGUUCAAGAGGUCGUUGUUGUGGCUCCACCUGACGGUGACAAGUAUCAUCACAAUCAUCAUGAUCAUCAUCAUUGCAGUCUGCUAGAUAGGACACUGCAGUUAAAAGGAAGACGGAACAAACUGAGAUGUGGCACUGUGAAUAAGUUCAUGUCAUACAGGACCUUUUAACUUUGAAAUUUAAAGAAAAUAAGUUCUAAUUGAAAUUGCAAUCGAAAUCUCCUAAAGUGUUGUUAGGGAAUCACUACCAAUGAUUUUCUUACUUAAGGAUUUUAUAUUGAGCUAACUGCUGCUCAUGUCACAAACAUUGUCUCUAUUAAAUAGAUAGGGAAUCAAAUAUGAUUGAACAUUUUUACAGUUUUUGCCACAUAUUGGGAAAGGAGAAGAGACAAGAGUUGUCUCCCUUACAACAGGAAACAGCGAUCUGAAACCUCCAAAUGCAAUGAACAAUGUCUUUUAUUAAUGUGAUGCUGUGUGUAAGAAGACUUAUGUUAUAUGAGCAACACAUGAUAAACCUGCUUCUCUCACCAGCAAUGUAAGUUGUAUACACUGCAGUGCCGCGUGGACAGAGCACUCUUCACUGAUCUCGUGCUUGGUCAGGCCUACCAAAGAAAUCCAGCAUAGAGCUGGAUACAGCAAUACAAAAUCCAAGCAAGACAGUCUCCAUAAUGUGUGCAAAAUCACUAAAAGCCACCACAUUUACAACGAAAUCAUAACAAACUGUGCACUCAAUCUAUUGCCUUAUGAUUUAUUGUGUUUGGUUCCACAGAAAACAUGUUUUUAUGUUUUAAGCAUAAUGAUGCACACUUUCUAGGAAUGGCGUCUUGUAUGGGUUAAGUGUGGGCAUUUUCCAUAGUUAGGUUGCUCUUUGCUCGUUUUCAUUGGUAGGCUUGUUGUCACUGUGAUGAGGAGGACAGACUUCAAGAUAAUCUCCUCCACAAGAACUUGUAUCAAGCUUUGUGCUUUCGACACUAUGAGACUGCAUGCACAGGCUUGAUGUAUGUUAUUGCUGUUCUGUUUAUAGAGAGAUUAUUAGCUUUGAUUUGGUUGUGUAACUUCAUUUUCACUCAUUUUUGAAGAUUCUGAUCUUGUAAAUCCGUGGAAUUUAUUUGUAGCAGAAUAUUGUUGUUGCAUAAUGAAUCAUUACGAUCAUGUUUUAAGAAGUCUAUAGGUUUCGUUGUUCCAGGAGAAAACUUGUUGAGUAAUAUUUGAAGAUUCUCUGCUUGGAACUUGUUUGAGUUCAGUGGAAUAUGUUUUACAUGGUGUUCUUAAACUAUUAUAAUUUUGAACAUUUUAGUUUGUUCUAUAUGCAUUUACUUUUAUGUUUUCUGUUUCUGUAAGGCUAGGUGUAUGCAUUGUGUUAGAGACGUGUUGAAAUAGUUCAGGAUGCAUGAAUCUCGUGGCAUCUGUAGUAUCAAUUGUUACAUUUCUUAGAAGGAACAUCCAACUUUGUGAUCUUCAGAGUGCCAGUAACCUAGUUGUACUGCUAACAUCCAAUAUUGUCUCAUGUAAUGGUGCUAUGUAUGGCAAAUUAACUUCAGCUGGAUUCUAGUUAUCAGCAUAUUGAUAUUAUUUUUAUUAUGGCAGGUUCCACUGUAAUUUUACUGAUAGGAUCACUGAUGGAGUGAAUGAGGCACAUUGAGACUUAUUGUAUUAUAAAACCUAAGACAAGUGUUUUUAUUGUGUUAAUGGGGCUGUGUAUUAGCCUAGUGGUUAGUGCACUUCGCUUGUCAUCCUAUGUCUGAGUUUGAAUCCAUGAUUCUACAGAAGAUCACUCUGGAUUCAUGGAUCCAUCAGACAAUGGCAAAUCAGCAGUGUUUGGAAAAUUGUUGUAAAAAUUACUUUUAUAGACUGUAAACAUGAUAAAGGUUUACCAUCAAUAAACACUUAUAAAUGUAAAAUGUUUUUUCUGUUUGUGAUUUUGAUGACUUAGCAAUGACUUAGUGUGCCUCAUUACAGAAGGGCUAUUUGUUCAGCUCAAGGUAUGUUAUGAACAUUUAUCAAAGGGAGAGAAUUAGUGAAGGGUAUGAAUUUCUUCACAUUCCAGUGCAAGAAUAUGAUCGGUUGAUACAAACAAAUUCCUGUGUACAAGAUUCAGAUGUUCCUGUUUAGACAGUUCCUAGACCCAAGGACCAUAGCAUAGCCACAAGAUACAAUUACUAAGGAAAUAAUAAUCCAGUCUUAAUGAUCUAAGGAAUAUGUUGUGAUGUGUCAUAUCACCUAGUUUCCUCAUGUAAAUUUAGAUAUGUUUAUUUAUCGACCUAAUUUAGUGUCUGUUGAGGUCUGUACAGGAGUGAACAGGAAUAUUGGAGACGUGGAAAUCUGACACCUCUGUAUUCUCAGGAAUUAUCAGCUUCAGCAAUGGAAUUGAAUAGGUGAAAAUCAUGUUGGCGAUUAUAACCUAUAAUAAAUCCACGGCAAGUUCCAGCUGCUCGACAUCUAUUCAUUUCUCUGUGGCAUGAUGUUAAUGAUCUGUUCAACUGUGGACAUAGAAUAUGUCAUAUUUGUUCCAACAGUUGGCAUGUUCAGAUGCCAUGCUCGUGUCUUUUAGCAUAAUCAAGGGCUCUGUCAUUCUGAAUUGUACGUUUUAGACCUAAUAGCAUUAGGUACUUUUUACAUUUCAAAUUUUGAAAUGAAUGUUUAAUAUCACACAACUUGUUGUGUAAAACGGUUUGGAGAGAGAUAUAAGUGUUCAGUAUUUAGAAUUUUUCUCAGAUUGGGUGAAAUACCAAAGUAUGGUAUUAAAGAUCUAAGGUGUGUCCAUGGUACCAACGUAGAUGUUGAGUAAAGGAUGGUCACAAAGACACUGCCAAAGUGAUGUGGUCAAGACAAAAUGUGUGAUGCUCGAACACUGAGAAUUGAUAGUCACAUGCUUAAAAUACGGAAAUGAUUGUCAUAUAUUCUGGCCAUUAUUUAAUUGUCGAUGGAGAUUGCCAGGCCUUCCUGUAUGGAAUCUGGGUCCGACAAUGUAGCUAACAUUACCUGCUCGGUCAAUGGGUUAAUCAUGUAAUAUAGAUAGUUGAUUAUGUCGUAAUUAUCUCCCUUGUAUCAUGUUCAUGCCUUUGUACAUUGUAUAUAUUGAUGUAAGGCUGGAAUGUAACUUUUCACAAAUAUCAAAUUGAAUGUGAAUAUAUAUUGGUUUUACAAGUAUGUGGCUAUUUUUUAAAACUUUUCAUUGUUAAUUUUUAAAUCUGAACCAUUGAAGCUGUCUAUAAGCUGUGAGGGUUAAUUGUAAAAUUGGUGAAAUGUAUGUGUUAAACAUAUAUUCCAUAAUUUACUGGUUAAUAUACAAGGAUAUAUCAAUUUGAAAACUUAAUAGCAUUUUGGAAUGAAUCAUAUAUAUCACAUGGUAAUGGGUGAUAUUUGUAACUAUGCUUAUAACUGCCGCCAUUCUUCACAGCAAGUAGGCAAAAAAGGAUUCAGUUUCCAUAGAAAAUAUUUUCAAUGUAGAGGGAAUCCUUGUUCAGUCAAUUAAUAUUUUUCAAAUUGCCUUUAAUACUUGCCUGUGACUUAGGUAGAAAAUCUAGUACAUAAUUCUUUAAUCUUUUUGUUGGCAAUUAUCAGUGUCUGUGUACAAUACUGUUGUAUAUUAUUGUUAUGGUGAGUGUUAUUUAUUUAAUUCCCCACACAGCUGAUAGCCAGUACAGAUGCCAGUGUGUUAAGGCUCCUCUAUUAAAUCUGGUGUAAAACAACAAAAAAGAAUGCAAUACAAUAUGCGUUAUAUCAGAAUGAACAUAUCUAUGUACUGCUGAUAAUGUCUGACAUUCAGGGAACAGGUUUUAGACAUUAUUAUGCUUGUAAUAAUGAUAAUUAUUCCAAAAAACAUAUAGUUUUCCUGUGGUGGUCAUCUUUGUCCCAAAUAACAGGCAAAAACAACAUGCAUUAACAUGAUUUCAAUAUUGGUCGUGGGUGCUAUUCCAAUACAACACAGCCCAGUAUCAUGGGAAGUAAUGUAUUUUCUUGAGUAUAGUGCACACAUUUUAAACAAAAAUUGAAAUAUUAUCCCAAUGCAUGGACAUUAUCAUGAGUAUGCAACAGUUUAUCCAAUACUACAUGGUAUGUGCUGUUUCAGUACAACUUUGAACUGAAUUCCAGAAGGUUUGGCCACAAUAUCAUAGGUCUUUCUGAUAAGCUGGGGGUACUUUUCAUUCUGAUAUAGCAUAUGUUUAUUCAGUUUUAUUGUUUCAUCAUGAUUUUACCAGGAAGGGAUGAUCAUGUCAUCGUGCAUGUCAUGUUUUGUAGCAUGCCCUACCCAAUCAGUACAUAAAGUCUCUUGAGUAAGGUAGCAUAUUUUCAGUUUUUCUGUUGUGAUCUUGACUCAUUUUAGAUGUAGUUAAAUUGUUUUGUUACUCAAUUUAAGCAUGAAGAAUAAGAAUUCCUGUUUAAUUUAUUAAACUUCUUUAUAGGUUUACCAACAGCAGUGUCUAAUUGUAUAAGGGGAGUGAACUAUUGCUGAACACUAUAAAAUAAUCAUGUUUAACUAUUGACAUGCUGUGAGGUAAUUAUGAUUUGUUGUGUUUAUGCUUAUGUUGUCUUUUAUGUCUCUUUCACAAUGGUGCUCUUAAUACAUUUACGUCCGAUACAAACAUGCUAUAACAAGGAGGAUAUCCAAUGAAAUGUUCACUCUGAGAUACAUUAGGUGCCUUGGACUGUCAGUUUUCCAUCCAUCUAUCCAUCUCUUGCAUAAAGUUGCUUCUUAUAACAGGUGAAAAUAUAACUGUCUAUAACAUAAGUGGAAGUUAGAUUUGUACAUUAUGGUAUUGCUGUCCAGAUGGCAAUCCUGCAUUAUGUGAGACUUAUUAUUGAAUAUUUAUCCAUACAAUACUGAGACUACAUGUUUAGAUAAUCCUACUUUGUACUGCAUUGUACACUGUGUCAUUGUGGACACCACGUUACUUGGCCUUGGCUUGUAGAAUAUCCUUACUACUUUAUUAUUUGAGUGAAUAAAUAUACUUUUAUUGUA